AUGCGUAAGUCGUCGCCAUGCUCGACAAUAAAGCUAGGCCCGAUGCGAGCAACCUUGCCGGUAAGCUCGUUGUUGAGGCAAAGCCGACAAGGAAGCAAUCUCAGGAAGAGCAACAGCAACAGUCCAACAGUUUCACCGACUUCAAAUGCUUGGCGAGCUAGAAUUUCUCCUGAGACUUCAGCGUCUUCUGGACAACGGAGUCCUGGCUCUCUUUCAUACAAAGCUAAAUCAAAGACACUCAGCGGACGGUGCAGCGAUGGAUUGAGCGGCAACCAAAAUAUUAGAAGGACAGCAUCCCUUGACACUAUUUACUUGAAGGGACAGUGGCCUCGCGACUACUCUUACAUACCCCCCGCGUUGUUGGUUGUUGAUAAAUCCACGCAGACUGAAGAGUGGUAUCAGCAAAAUGAGCCCAGGAAACUUCACACGAGACAUCAGGAGAAGGAGGCUUCUGAGGAGAAGAUUCCUAUGGACAAGGUACCCAUGGAGAAGUUCAUUCGUCACAGGGUGAUUGUUGAAUUUGUUUUUGGGGUAAAGAUUGCAGAGGACGAAUAA